AUAUCAAACCACCUUAACUGCUCCCUUCCUGUUCCAUAUUUCCCAUAUUUCCCAUAUUUCUCACGUUUCUCGCAUUUCCUUUUUUCUUCUUCAAACAAGCACCAACAUGAAUAACAAAAUGACUUUUAAAAUUCCAAAGUUACAACUAAAUUCAAACAUUAGCUCCAACAUUAAUUUCAGCAUCAACACAGACAUUCAUGAUAAGAUUGACAACAACACCAACACCGACUUUAUUAUCAACAAUCCUACUCCUACUCCCAAUUCUACUCCCAAUUCUACUCCCAAUCCCAACCCCAAUCCUAAUAAUAACAAUUUACAAAAAACACAAUCGGUCUAUAAUUUCAUUAACCUCAAUAACUUCAGCUCGAAAUCCGCUUUAAAACACUACAAAAAAAAUCCAACCUCAAUCAAUAAUCAAUUUCAUUCAAAUAUCUUCCAAAAAGGUAAUUCACUAAAAACCUCUUCUGAUUCAAAUUUUCCAAUCUCUCACAACAACAAUAACAACAAUAACAACAAUAACAACUCUAAUAAUCACAAAAAUUUCCCAAUUUCAAUUUCUUCAAUGAGUGUUAAAUCUUCCACUCCACCCAAUGAAUCCAUUAUAUCCACAGCUCCCAAAAUGAUCCCCCAUAAAGAAUCAACCUAUAACUACACUUCUGCUAUGCCAAUAUCCACAAAACCUCUGUUCAACGUCUCCCUUAAAAAGACUAAAAACAACAAUCUUAAAAAGUUUAAAGAUCAAAAGAAAAACGAGUAUUCCCACUUGAAUUUAAUUGAUACUAAUGUCAAUAAUAGCCUCAUCUUUAAUCAAAUCAAUAACAUUAAUAACCAUAAUAACCAUAAUCAUGCUAAUACCAAUACCAAUACCAAUACCAAUACCAAUAGUAACAAUUCUAAUAAUAACAAUAGCAAUAAUAACAUUAACAAUAAUAAUAGUGAUAAAAAUAAUAAUGAUAAAAAUAAAACUACCAAUUCAAUUCAAAGUCAUAAUAAUGAUGAUGAUAUAGAUAGUUUGAACGAAUCAAAUUUUAACAACAAUUCAAUUGGCAUCAAUGAGAGAAAUGCACAUCGACACAGUGUUGGUGAUUUGAUGAAAAACUUUAUCGAUCAAUUGUCUUCAAGAUCUUAUAACAACUCACAGUCAUUAAAUCCAUCAUCCCAAUCAAAUUUCCAAUUGAAGCAACCUUCAAAGAAAUCCUUGAAAACCAUUAUCAACAUUAACGAUAAUAAUAAUAACAAAGAAAAACCAAAACCCAAAGAUAACGACAAUGACAAUGAAAAUGACAAUGACAAUGAGAAUGACAAUGACAAUGACAAUGCUACUGAAAAUGAUAAAAUUACAACUACUAAAAUUACCGGUAACAAUAAAAAUAGCAAAAACAAUAGAAAUAGUAGUAAAAGUAAUAAUAAUAAAAAUAAAAUAAUAAAACCUACAAAAAUCACUAAAAUACCCAAAAUUCGAAAGAAACCAAAUGAUUCCAAAAACUCAGUUAUAAUAAAAUUACAUUACAAUAAUAAAAAAAAUCAAUUUAAUAAAUUUAUCACCGAUACCAAAGACAUUCAAAUUGCAAAAAAUUUCAAUAACACUAAUAUCAAUACCAAUACCAAUGCCAAGACUAAUAAUACAAAUAAUGUUGGAAUUAAAAAAGAUAACGAAAAGAAUGAUAAUAUUAUAGACAAUAGUGGUAGUAAUCAGAAUAAUAAAAUUGAUGUAAAUCAUUUUGAAAAUGUUGAAAAUGUUGGAAAUAGUGAAAAUAGCGAAAACGAAAACGAAAACGAAAACGAAAAUGAAAAUGAAAAUGUUAAUAUAAGCAAAAACUCUAACGAUUUCGAUCUUAAUAUCGAUCUUGAUAUUAGUCAUAAUGAUUCUCAAGAGAUUUUAGAUGAGAAUUACGACCAAAAGGAAUUUUCAUUUACUAAAAAUUACCCAAUACUUACCAACAAUAAAAAUAAAUAUGAAAAUAAAUAUAAGAAUAACAAAUUCUUAAAUAAUCUUAAUGUUCAUCCUUCAAUUUAUUUAAAUAAACUAAAUAAUUUCAUUCCUAAAAGUGGAUAUAUCACAGAAAUGUCUGAUGAAACGUCUGAUGAUAAAUCUGUUGAUAAUGUGGAAGAGUUCCAAUUAAAUGAGUCAAAUUUUAUAGAAAACUCACAAAACAUUAUCAACACCUUGGUCUUCUAUAAAAAAAUCAACAAAUUGUUGAACAAAAAAAUCAGAAAACAAAAUAAAAUCUUGAACAAUACCAGUUUAUCCGAAUUUUCCAAAAGCUCGCCAUUAAAAAAAAGCUCUCCCUUGAAAACCAGAUUCCCUGGAAGAAGAUUAGGAAUCAAGAAAAACAGAUCGACUUCCACACUAUUGAAAAAACUUUCCUCAACCUUAGUCAAUUCCGAUUCCAGCAAAAUCAAUAUUGACAACAUCACCGACAUCAAUGCCACAGGAAGAGUGCUACGAAACCGUAAAAGAAGCAACAGCCCUGCUGUGAAUUACACCUUCCAUGAGGACGAUAGUGAUGGUGAACAUGUACCACCUCCAGGCGAGAACAAAGUGCUCCUCAGCUUGAGGAACGAGGUGUACAUCGACUGCGACGAGAACAGGUAUUUUGUUUAUUUCAAAUACCCUAAGGACCACAGUUCUCACCUGUGAUACAAUUCUUGCUGUAAUAUUAACAGCAUCUCUGUGCUGGUUAUGCUCUUGAUGUCUCAUGCCUUUAAUACCUCUUUUAUAG